AGAGUGCCAGUGGGGAAGGGGCAGAGAGAGAGAGAGAGAGAGAGAGAGGUAGAGAGAGAGGAUCCCAAGCAGGCUCAACACCACCAGUGCAGAGCCCGACGCAGGGCUCGAACUCACGGACCGCAAGAUGAUGACCUGAGUAGAGGUUGGACGCUUAACCGCCCGAGCCACCCCGGUGCCCCUGUACAGACACUUUGAAUAUCGUGGCGGUUGCUCGCAUGUAAUUUUAAUGCAAAAUCUCUUAAGUGGCGCACAACAGAAAGAUAGUGGUGUCAUCGUGCGAGGGUUUAAUGUCGAUAUAAAAAGACAAGGAAAAUGUCCCUUUUGUAGGUUUUACUAUUCUGCUCUCAGGUACUAAACUCUUAGAAUAUUGAGUUCUGCGCUUUUGUUUUCUUCGGCCUGGAUUCUCUGCCCGGUACGUUUGGUACCCUGUCCUGCGUCCACAACCCCAGCAAAGCGGAAUCGGAAAACUGAAGUCAGGCAGGACGGAGAAGUCAUAGCAUUUGCCGUGGGCCCCAGGUCCACGCUUGCCAUGGAGAUGUGGCAUUGUCACCAAGCGGAGGCGGUUUUCUUUGGAGAGAGGGGAGUGUUAGGGCGCGGUAGAGCUCGUGGUGUGAAGCCGAUUCAUUUUGUUUCAAAGGCCCAAAUGGCACGCUGCCGAACAGAGACAGCAGCACAGCAGCGUUUCCUUAGAAAUAAUGACUCGGAGGCAAACAGCCCUCGUUGCAAAAUGUAGAAUCGGGCCAUCUGCUUGUUUCCCCCUUGAUUUAUCUGUUCCGGGGCUUUAAAUGAUAGAAGCAAAAGGUAAGUCUUCUUUUCGAAAUCUUGAGGGGAGAGGGGGGCAUUCCACAUUGAUUCUGGCAUGUGGGAAACACAUAUGAGGUAUUUGUCCUCAGCGAGAGGGGGAUUUGGAUCCGGAAGGUGUGACUGUUGCUGUAAAAUACAAGGGUGAAGCCUGUCCUCCCGGAAGAUCAGGUAAACUGUAAAUCUUGAAAAGGGUCGUGCCCCGCCGCUCAGCGAGGCGCUUGUAUUUGCCGGGGUUCCCCCCCCCCCCAAAAAAAAACGAACUCUUGCGAAAACGGCCCUGUUCGGGACCUCUGAGCGAGCAUGCAGAUCCACGUUGUCAUGUUUAAUGAUGCGCCUUUUCUUCGCGCUCCAGUCUCUCUGCACUUUGGGGGCAAAUGAGCCCCCGGACAAACCUUCCGGCCGAUUUCUGCGCAACUUGGGUGCACCGGUUCUGCCCCGGGAGGGAGUGUCGGGAGGUGAAGGUUUAGGCUGAGCCACCUUUCCCAUCCCUGGGAGAUACCGCCCGGGGCGCGGAGGGUACCGGGGGUACCGGCAAGCUCAGAAUGCUGGUCCCCACGCCUGGCCAGGGAGCCGGCCCGGCCCGGGGUUUGGUACCGCGUGUCCCGCGGCGGAGGAGCGCAGGGGGCCGGAUGCCUCCGGGAGGAUUCGCCUGGCAGGGAUCAAUGCCCGCAAACACCCUCCGGGCCCCCCCCUCCCUCCCGCUCCCCAGGAGAGGCGGUUCUGCACAAGUCAUUCGGUGUGUGUGCCGGCUCUCCUUGCGAGGGGAUUAGAGAAUAGGAGAGUGCUUUGUGAGAAAGAUCCUGAGAGGUUGCUGGGGAGAAACCAGGCAGAGGGAAGGAAGACUUCAGCUUUCUUGGUCCCCUCACCGAAGUGACUCUGAGACACCCAGGUCCCUGGCCUAGAGCGGCCGGGGGUGGGGGUUCUUUUCCUUCGGCUACCGUAGGAGAAACUGAUAGCUGAUCAGCUUCCUUGGAUUUUGCUGAUGACCCAGGAGAGCUUUGCCUGAAGAUGGAAACACUGGAGUCGGAGCUGACCUGCCCUAUUUGUCUGGAGCUCUUUGAGGACCCUCUCCUGCUGCCCUGCGCACACAGCCUCUGCUUCAACUGUGCCCACCGCAUCCUGGUGUCGCACUGUGCCACCAACGAGUCCGUGGAGUCCAUCACCGCCUUCCAGUGCCCCACCUGCCGACAUGUCAUCACGCUCAGCCAGCGCGGUCUAGACGGACUCAAGCGCAACGUCACCCUGCAGAACAUCAUCGACAGGUUCCAGAAAGCGUCCGUGAGCGGGCCCAAUUCCCCCAGCGAGACCCGCCGGGAGCGGGCGUUCGACGCCAACGCCAUGACCUCCGCCGAGAAAGUCCUCUGCCAGUUCUGUGACCAGGACCCUGCCCAGGACGCUGUGAAGACCUGUGUCACUUGCGAAGUGUCCUACUGUGAUGAGUGCCUGAAAGCCACUCACCCAAACAAGAAACCCUUUACAGGGCAUCGUCUGAUUGAGCCAAUUCCGGACUCGCACAUCCGGGGGCUGAUGUGCCUGGAGCACGAGGAUGAGAAGGUGAAUAUGUACUGUGUGACCGAUGACCAGUUAAUCUGUGCCUUGUGUAAACUGGUUGGGCGGCACCGAGAUCAUCAGGUGGCAGCUUUGAGUGAACGCUAUGACAAGUUGAAGCAAAACUUAGAGAGUAACCUCACCAACCUUAUUAAGAGGAACACGGAACUGGAGACCCUCUUGGCUAAACUCAUCCAAACCUGCCAGCACGUGGAGGUCAAUGCGUCACGUCAAGAAGCCAAAUUGAUGGAGGAGUGUGAUCUUCUCAUUGAGAUCAUUCAACAAAGACGACAAAUUAUUGGAACCAAGAUCAAAGAAGGGAAGGUGAUGAGGCUCCGCAAACUGGCUCAGCAGAUUGCAAACUGCAAGCAGUGCAUUGAGCGGUCGGCAUCGCUUAUCUCCCAAGCGGAACACUCUCUGAAGGAGAACGAUCACGCGCGCUUCCUACAGACGGCAAAGAACAUCACGGAGAGAGUCUCCAUGGCAACUGCAUCAUCCCAGGUCCUAAUUCCUGAAAUCAACCUCAAUGAUACCUUUGACACCUUUGCCUUAGAUUUUUCCCGAGAGAAGAAGUUGCUAGAAUGUCUGGAUUACCUUACAGCUCCCAACCCUCCCACAAUUAGAGAAGAGCUCUGCACAGCUUCCUAUGACACCAUCACCGUUCACUGGACGUCCGAUGAUGAAUUCAGUGUGGUCUCCUAUGAGCUCCAAUACACCAUAUUCACCGGACAAGCCAAUGUCGUUAGUCUGUGUAACUCUGCCGACAGCUGGAUGAUAGUGCCCAACAUCAAGCAGAACCACUACACCGUUCACGGUCUGCAGAGCGGCACCAAGUACAUCUUCAUCGUCAAGGCCAUCAACCAGGCGGGCAGCCGCAGCAGCGAGCCUGGGAAGUUGAAGACAAACAGCCAACCAUUUAAACUGGACCCCAAAUCUGCACAUCGGAAGCUGAAGGUGUCCCACGAUAACUUGACAGUAGAACGUGAUGAGUCAUCAUCCAAAAAGAGUCACACGCCUGAACGCUUCACCAGCCAAGGGAGCUAUGGUGUCGCUGGAAACGUGUUCAUUGAUAGCGGUCGGCAUUACUGGGAGGUGGUCAUAAGUGGAAGCACAUGGUAUGCCAUCGGCCUUGCUUACAAAUCAGCCCCAAAGCACGAGUGGAUCGGCAAGAACUCUGCUUCCUGGGCGCUGUGUCGCUGUCACAAUAACUGGGUGGUGAGACACAACAGCAAGGAAACCCCCAUCGAGCCAGCCCCCCAUCUCCGGCGCGUCGGCAUCCUGCUGGACUAUGAUAAUGGUUCCAUCGCUUUCUACGAUGCUUUGAACUCCAUCCACCUCUACACCUUCGACAUCACAUUCUCGCAGCCUGUGUGCCCCACCUUCACGCUGUGGAACAAGUGUUUGACCAUUAUAACUGGCCUUCCGAUCCCAGACCAUCUGGACUGCACAGAGCAGCUGCCGUGAGCACUGGGCCAUGUGGAGCUGAUUUCUGGGGGAUUAAAAAGGGCCGUGGCCACCAUUUCAGGGACCGAGAAAGCACAGGCUUCCAGAGUGUGAUUAAAUCUCGCCAAAAAGUGUCCAGAAAUCGGCUAGGAUAGGACUCAAAAUAGGCGAUUCUCCCCCUUUGCUGUCUUUUGUAUUAAGUACACGCUUUAAUAAUUUCUUCAAUUUUUUUUUGUAUCUACAGGAAAAAUUAUAGAUUAUUUAUAAAAGAAACAUAACCGGAAUUCCAACUCUUAGAAAGUAUUUGGUUUUGCACAUUAAGAGGCCCAGAAGCGGAUGGGCUCUUCACAACAGCCUUCGUCUCGUCACGCUCUGUGGGCUGGAGGAACAACUCUUGUAGUUUUGUAUGCUUCUCCACCUUCUCACAUCCUCAUAUCUCAUACCGAUCCCCUUGUAGGUCCUGUCGCCCUGACAGUGCAUAAUAGAAUAUGCAAGUAUCUUAAAAAUAAAACAUAGCUUUGAACCUAGUAGGGCAGUAAACGGGCUUUCUCACUGUGGUUUAUUUCGAAGUGUUUUAACUGUGAUGUCAAAAACUUACUGGCUCAACCGGAACGGAGAGCAAAAGAGAGAAUUGAAUGAAUGGACUCUGGAGCUUGGACUCCACCAUGGCCCAGUCUUUAAUCACCCUCCAAUGGCUGGUGGGGUAAUGUUGGAAAGAAAGGUUGUGAAGCCUUUGGCCAUGUGUGACCUUACCUUUCCCAGGAUUCAGGAUUCUGGGAGAACAUUAAGAAUUGAGAUUGCAAUUGAGAAUAGUCUCUUUGAAUCCUACUGAUUUUUCAAAACGUGUGAGGCUGAUUUGUCUUUGAUCAGAAGUAGGGUUCGGUUUCAUGACAUAAGUCUAUUUCGUUCUUCCUUUUAGGAGUGUCUUUAGGCCUGUGACAUUGCUUUACUACAUUUAAUAGCUGUCCUAUCUCCCUCUCCCCCAAAUCAUUUUUCUUCGCUUGCUGGGGCUGAGGGAAUAAACAUUUUCUGUUACAAAUGGCAGCACCACUUUGGAUUGACUUUGCUCUCCAGGACAUCAACACAUGGCCCUGACUGUCUCUACCACGUCCAAAUAUAACUCACCCGAAAAACACUUAAUAUUUAUGAGUUGGUAAUGACAAGGGACAUUGCGUAAAGUACUAUUUACUGGUACACGUGCCUCGAAAGUUAUAAAAAGACUUUUAUUAAACACAUCUUGAAAGAUGUAGAGGACCCUCUGUGUUCUAGUAUAGUUUAUGAUAGAGUUGUGAAACAAAAAACAAAACAAAACAAAAAAACAAAAAACGAAAAACACGCAAAAAAAAUCAAACUAUUGCCGCGCUGGAACCUGCUAAUAGAACCAGCUAAUAAGCUGUCAGGUGGGAUUCUGGGCAUGCUGAUCCGGUAAGAUGGAACGGUCCAUGAAGUAAGGCUUUCUUAAGCAGUCCUUGGACCCGGACCAGGAAUCUGGCAUUGGUUCUAUCUUGACGAAGGGCAUGAUACCUGUAAGUCAUUUCAUUUGCUAAUGUAUUGAUCUGAACUACUGGGUUGGCCAUUUUGACUGAACAGACUGAUGAAUUUAAGCAUUGCUUCUUAGCAAUUUCGUUGUUAACCAAAUCAACCAAUUGCCUCCCUGAAAUCCGUCCACAGACCCACUGUUUUCAGCAUCAUGUCAUGUGACUGCGAGCCCGGACCCCGUGGGCCACGUCAUGGGUGUUUCUGUCCCCUUCACUGGCAGACACUCUCCUUUUUCGUAACAGAUAGAGUUUAUAUAUUUACUAUAUUAUUUAUACCCAGAUGAAUAUUUUGAUAGCUACUUAGGACAAUUUCACAUCUAACAGAUGGACACCUCGAUGGAAAAAAAUUAAUCAUUCUCUGGAAACGAUGUUUUUGGUUGUUUUUUUUUUUUACAACAUAAAACAAUGUGUAUUUGCCUUCCUGGACAAACUGAAAGGGUUGUAAUUUUUACAUACUGUUUUGGUAGCUGGAUAAUGGAUAUUUCAAUGCACUUUGUACACCAACAGGUUUUAAAUAAAAGGGUCUAAAA